GAAUAUCCUGGUGCAUAGCAACUGAUGUCAGAGAAAGGAUUCUAGAAGAGCAUGUCAUGGAGAACUCUUGGGUGCAGACAAUUGGAUGAUUAAUGAAGUAGCAUCUGAAAAACCCAAGGAACCAAAUGUAGGUGGAGCAACUUCCCUGCAACACACGUCGAAGCUGCUGCAGUGGCUGUUCUUCCCCUCCCCUUGGAAAGGCACCAAAAGCCUGCCUUUGGAGGGGCUGGUGGACUGAUGAGGAAACUGAGGAAUCAAGAGGUUGAGCAAUUUGUCUAAGAUUACUGCUGGGAUCACUGAUAUCUCAGCCACUGAGGGGUAAAGCUGGAACUUGGACCCAGGCAAUCUGAUUCCCAAGUCGGAGCUCUUAAAUGCAAGGCCCUCCUAGAUACUGUAUUUGGUGUACUGGUCAUGUCUGCAACUAACCAUACAGCUUGAGAGUUUGAACAAACGUUUGAAAUGCCCUUCUUUCCCUUCAGAGGACCAGUGUCCCUGUGACUCCACCCACUCAUCUGGCCACCGUUGCCCUGACCUGCCAGGAGCCUGGAGAAGAUGAAGGCAUCCGUGGUUCUCUCCCUCCUUGGCUACCUGGUGGUUCCAAGUGGUGCUUACAUCUUGGGGCGUUGCACAGUGGCUAAGAAGCUCCACGAUGGAGGCCUGGAUUAUUUUGAGGGCUAUAGCCUUGAGAACUGGGUGUGCCUGGCCUACUUCGAGAGCAAGUUCAACCCCAUGGCCAUCUACGAGAACACACGUGAGGGCUACACUGGCUUCGGCCUCUUUCAGAUGCGUGGCAGUGACUGGUGUGGCGACCAUGGCAGGAACCGCUGCCAUAUGUCAUGUUCUGCUUUACUGAAUCCUAAUUUAGAGAAGACAAUUAAAUGUGCCAAGACCAUUGUAAAAGGAAAAGAAGGGAUGGGAGCAUGGCCCACCUGGUCCCGGUACUGCCAGUACUCCGACACCCUGGCGCGGUGGCUGGAUGGUUGCAAGCUGUAGCCGCCUGCAUGGCCCCUGCAGCACUCACCAGUUGCAUCUGGUGAAUGAAGGUGCUUUUCUGCUUGCUGCUUCAGUCAAUCCUUUUGAUGAUCUCACCACUUUAAGAGCUCCAGAUGGAAAAGGACAAAAGUUUGCUUCAUCUGGGGAUGCAGGAUGCAGAAUAAACCAAACUAGUUACUCAA